GGUUAAAUGACCAAAAUAGGACCAAAAGAAGCAAAAAUGGUUGUGAUAAUUGCUUCAAGUUUCACUUUCUUGCUUUUGCUAAUUAUCAACAUAGCAUUAGUAUUAGCAACUACUUCUACAGCUAUUUCUGGAGCAAAAGAUUGGUGCAAAGACAGCUGCGGAAAUGUUAGCGUUCCCUACCCUUUUGGAAUUGGACCCGAUUGUUUCCUGAAUUCUUGGUUUGAGGUCUCUUGCAAUGAAUCUUCAACCCCUCCAACAAUUUUGAAAAAAAUAAAUAUGGAAGUCUUCAAUUUUUCUUAUGAUCUUGGCUAUGGUUGGGAGUACCUUCGCGUGAAGAGUCCAGUGAUUCUACACAAUUGUUCAGGCAGGGAAAGAGAAACCAAAAACCAAACGGUGCAUUUAACAGGUAGCCCUUUCUUCUAUUCAGGGAGGAACAAAUUUAUAGCUGCAGGUUGCAACAACAAAGCUUUAAUUGCAGGAAUUAAGCCUAGAAUUGUUGGGUGUGAAUCAACUUGUAAUGGCGAUACACUCUUUGGUACCUCUAAUCCUAACAAAACUUGUAAUGGUAGUACAUGCUGCGAGACUGUAAUACCAUCGUAUCUCCAAACAUUCAACGCCAGCUUUGAGAGCAAAACCUCAUCAGGGCCACAAGGAUGCAAGUUAGCCUUUGUGGUAGAUGAAGAAUGGUUGAACUUCAAUAUAACAAACCCUUCUGAUUUGCUGAAUAUGGACAGUGUUCCAGCUUUGAUUGAUUGGGCACUACCCAAUGGAUCAACACCACUUAUUUCAAGUGAAAGUGUACAGUCAUAUGUUAUGUAUACUUCUGAAAGCUCAAACAUCUCAUGGCGAUAUGUUUGUAGUGAUGGUUAUCGGGGGAAUCCGUAUCUCCCUAUUGGAUGCCAAGAUAUUGAUGAAUGUGAGGAAGAACGUCACAAGAUAUCUUGUGGGGACGCAACCUGUGUAAAUGUACCAGGGUUUUAUCGAUGUGAAGGAAGUAAAACUUGGAUUAUUGCUUUAGGUGUUGGUGUAGGUUGUGGAGUUUUGUCCUUAGUUAUGGGUGGAUGGUGGUUAUACAAGCUUUUAAAGAAAAGGAGGAAUGUGAAGCUCAAGAAAAAGUUCUUUAAACGAAAUGGUGGAUUGUUGUUACAACAACAAAUGUAUUCACACGAAGGUAGUUUGGAGAAAACCAAGAUAUUUACCUCCAAGGAGUUGGAUAAAGCAACAAAUAACUUCAACAAUAAUAGAGUAGUUGGGCAAGGUGGGCAAGGCACUGUUUACAAAGGAAUGUUAGCUGAUGGAAGGAUCGUAGCAGUAAAAAAGUCCAUAGCAAUGGUUGUAGAGGAAGUCGAACACUUCAUUAAUGAAGUUGUUAUCCUUUCUCAAGUUAAUCAUAGAAAUGUGGUCAAACUAUUAGGAUGUUGCUUGGAAACUGAGGUUCCAUUACUGGUUUAUGAGUUCAUUUCCAAUGGUACACUUUUCCAAUAUCUGCAUGACAAAAGUGAGGAGUUCCCAUUAUCAUGGGAAACACGACUAAGAAUUGCCAAAGAAACGGCCGAAGCCCUUUGGUAUUUACACUCUUCUGCCUCCAUUCCGAUUUAUCAUCGAGAUAUCAAGUCCUCAAAUAUCUUGUUAGAUGAAAAGUUCAAGGCAAAGGUUUCAGAUUUUGGAACAUCAAGAUCGAUUUCUAUUGAUCAAACUCACUUGACCACGCAUGUGCAGGGUACAUUCGGGUACUUAGACCCGGAAUAUUUCCAAUCAAGUCAAUUCACAGAAAAAAGUGAUGUCUACAGUUUCGGAGUUGUACUUGUGGAGUUACUAACCGGCGAAAGGCCAAUUUUUUCUCUAGAAAGGGAAAAAGAAGGUAGAAGUUUGGCCACACAUUUCAUUUCUUCAAUGGAAGAAAAUCGAGUGAUGGAAAUUGUUGAUGCUCGAGUAGUUGGGCAAGCAAAAGAUGAUGAGUUAAUGAUGGUAGCCAAACUUGCAUACCGAUGCUUGAGCUUGAGUGGAAAGAAGCGACCAACAAUGAAAGAGGUUGCAAUUCAGUUAGACCAGAUUCUGCCAUUGCUAAAGGAUUCAAAUGUUGAUCAUCAUCACAACCAGGAAGAGAUUGUCGAUUUAAAAUUGGAUUUACCUUUCCCUUGGGAUUCCACUUCUUCUUCAAUAAAUUCAAGUUUUUUCUCUAGAAAUAUUUGUUCCAUAGAAAAGGAACCACUAGUUUAAUUUCAAUCAGUACAAAUUAUAUAUGUAACUGUUAUAAAUGUUUUUAUUAUAAAGUAGAUAUCCAUUAGAAUAAGAAAUUUAAUAUACAUCCAA